AGUUGGAUAACUAUGAAGUUAUUCAAAAAUAGGAUAUUUAUUAGUUUUAUUCUCAUUACGUGUCAUGUUACAAAUUUGGUAAAAUCACAGACGCGUGUUGUCGGUGGUCAAAAUAGUUCUGAUGGCGAAUUUCCGUACAUCGUAUCUAUUAGAUUUCGUAAUAUACAUGUUUGCGGAGGUACAAUUGUUUCAAAUCGUUAUAUUCUUUCAGCAGCGCAUUGUUUAGUGAGUGAAUUUCAGUUUAGCGGACCUAUUUCCGAGCACUUACAAAAAAUCUAUUUAAAUAUUUUUGACCAUCAUGAAUGUACGCGAGAAUGGAAAUAUAUCAAUAAUGGUCACAUUUGCAUAUCAACUUCCAUCGGACGAGGCAGCUGUGUGGGUGAUUCAGGAGGACCCAUACUUGCUAAUCAUUAUCAAAUUGGAAUUAUUUCAUUUGGACAAUUGUGUGCAGGAGGAAAGCCAGAUGUAACUACAAAAGUUUUUCAUUACCUUGAUUGGAUAAACAGCUAUAUUUCAUAUUAGAACAAUUAUUAACUGUCAUUAAAAUGUAUCCAAAAACAAAUCACAAAUGUGGAGACGAAAGUUAAAUGUAUUACGCUCAAGACAUUGCAACUUUUGUCAUUGGAAAUUUCAAUAUCAUUUAAAAGUUAUCUUUAUAUGUAAUAUAAUUUUUCAAAACAAUCAUAAAUGUAAAAUGCUCGUCACAAAGUGAAGUAAUUUGUAAGCCAAAGAAUGCUUAUAGUACUGUUGAAAGUUUUUCUGUAAUACGUAGUCAUAAUUUGAAUACUAUGAUUUAUCGAACUCUGUAUCAUCAAAUUCGUUAUUAAUUAAAUUCAUUAUUGGUUUGUAUCGUAUGCAAAUAAUUCCACAAUUGAAUCUUCUCAUCCAAUGAUAUUGCGGAGUUUAGGAAUAUAGGUUUUUUUGAAAAUGCUUGCCUAUAAACUAAGAAACGUUCCGCAUAGAAACUGUAUAUGUGAUACAGUAUAAAACCCACAACAGUAAUCAUAAAUAUUAAUUCUAAUAAAGUUAUUAAUAUUUGAAUACUUAUGUAUGUAAAUCUUUUCAUUAUGAUGAUUUAUAUUUUAUUAAGUGACUUUUAGACAACUAGAAUAUUAUGACGUAAGUAAUUAAGUUUA